UCAGCUCCCAAAGCCCUGGAGACCGACGGGCACUGCUGGGAAAGACAGGCUCCCACGUCCCACCUCCUGGAUGCAGAGUCGGUUGGCAAACCAGGCUUUCCUUCCAGAAUCAAGGGAGAGAGCCGAGGAAACAGCUGCUGUGGAGGUUUCUAAGGAGACUCAAACUGGUUUUUUUCCCCCGCUCCCGGGAGACGGCAGGAAACCUCAGGGAGGAACAUUGCUCCCUGGCUGGCAGGCAGUCCCCAACCUGGAUGGAGUGAAAGAUGCGGCCUGAUGACAUUAACCCGAGGACUGGGCUGGUUGUGGCUCUGGUGAGUGUCUUCCUGGUCUUUGGCUUCAUGUUCACUGUCUCUGGGAUGAAAGGAGAGACUCUGGGAAACAUCCCCCUCCUGGCCAUAGGGCCAGCCAUCUGCCUCCCAGGCAUCGCAGCCAUUGCCCUGGCCAGGAAAACUGAGGGAUGCACCAAGUGGCCUGAGAAUGAGCUGCUGUGGGUCCGCAAGUUGCCCUGCUUCCGGAAACCCAAGGACAAGGAGGUGGUGGAACUGCUGAGGACCCCUUCAGACCUGGAGUCGGGCAAGGGGAGUUCAGAUGAGCUGGCGAAGAAGGUGGGCCUCAGGGGGAAGCCCCCCCUCCAAGGGCAGGGCGAGGCGCCUAUGGCCAGCUCCAUCACCAUCCCCACACCCGCGGAGGAAAGAGAAUGCCAGAGCCGGGUCCAGAGCAGGCAUCAGGAGGAGCCAUCCAGAUACCUGGAUGGCUACUGUCCCUCAGGCAGUUCCCUCACCUACAGGCCGUUGGAUGCCAAGUGCUCAGCCUGGGACAGGUCUGAGUGCCCUGAGCCCGAGGACAACAUCUUCUUUGUGCCCCAGGACAGUAUCAUCGUUUGCUCCUACAAGCUGAACAGCCCCUAUGACAGAUACUGUUGUUACAUCAAUCAGAGCCAAGGCAUAUGGGACCAUGAGACGAUAGUCUAAGCUUUGCGUACAAGGGUCGCUGUGUUGAAAGCAAUAUGACCAUACUCAGCUCUCAAUGGAAGGAAACUGCCCUGCUCCAACAGCCUUCACACUGUUAGAAACUGACCUGGUAUGUGAUGGGUGUGCAAGCCUCCGGUGCCUGAGAGCCAUGUAAAUAGGCAUGUUGGGGACACGUUUUUAGGGGAAGGAUGAUGAAGGUUAAGGACACUUGAAGGGGCAGUAGGUAGGAAAGGAAGCAGUUCCAAUUACUUUUAAACAAUUUAAACCAUGCUGGAUGUUUUGUAAAAUAACCCAGAAAGUGCUACCGAGAACCUGCUGAAAGCAAGAUAAAUCUAGAGUGGGCUGCAGAUACCAGGCAUGAAAUGAUACGUGGACUAUUCAUAGGGAAACUGAGCUGCUUUCGGUCUAAAGAAACUGAAUGAAAAAACAAUUCAGUGCUUCAUUGUAUGAAAUGAUUUUCGUGUGGUGAAGCUUUUCACACUUAGUAUUUGCUGAAAGAAAAAAGAAUUAAGAUAGAAUAGCUACAAACCUCCUAAGGUGCAAUGGCUACUGGAGAAAGGGGAGUUAAAGACAGUUGAAUUAUGUAAUUGAGUUUUAUGGUAUUAUCUUCAGGCAAGACCAGGGAUUUUAAGUACAGCAAAAUAAAUGUGACCAGUUGUGUGAAAAACUAACAUUUUUAGAUGGUUAUGUUACUUCUGAAACUCUUCAUUUAAUUUGACUUACUGGGUCUUUACCUGAAGUGUUUUUUAGCAUUUACUAUCAUUCAUGUAUAAUUUCCUCAUCAGGUGCAAUAUGACUUGAUGUAGUAUUUUCAUAGAUUAGAAUUUGUUUUCAUCAAGUCAAAGUGGAUUUUACAUAUAUAUAUGCAAGUGUCUUUAACGUUUCUGGGAGAUGUUAUUACUAUUCCUAUAUGCCUUUUAAAAUUUGAAGACUGUGACAUCAAUAACAUUAGUCUUGAACUUUAUGCAGAAUUUACAUGAAAUGCAAUGGUUAAAUUUCUGAAAAUGUCAUUAUUUGUACACUUGUUCAACACUCCAAAAGACUGUAAAUGCCAAUGAAACAAGAGUUAAUCCACUAGAUUUAACUAAAGCCCAGUUUUUAUUAUGUUCACCCGAUCAGUGACCAUUACAUGACAAAGGUCUGUUUUAUUUAAUUUUUUGCUGCUGAGAAAAAAAAAUCAUCACAAUGGGAUCCUAAAAUGUAUUUCCUAUUUCAUUUGCUCACUGGCAAUCAACCAAAAUACCAUUUGAUCCCUGUUGAAGAAAAAAAUUAAAUUAUAUAUAGAAAUGGUGGUAUAUUUCAUUUUGAAGAUCAGGAUAACUUUGCAUCCUUCAAAGAAUGAUUUAUUUUUAAUGAUUGUAUAGUUUCAGCCACUUUCUCCCAAAAGGGGAAUUGAGCACAAAAAUUUUGGGCAUACCUCUUUUUUGUAUUUCAGAUCCAACUCUGCAAUUCUUUAAGUGUGGCAUUUAUUCUGUCUUAAGAAUUGUGCCCUUAAAAAUCACAAUUUUCUAAUCAAAUUAAACAUCAAAAUUGUAAUUUAUUUUAGUAUGACUUAAGUGUUGGAAAAUGAGAUGUGUGAUCCUAAGCAAAUUUUACCUUCUUGCACCUCAGUCCCUGAAAUGGGAAAAGUGGGACUGACUGACACCAGAUUAUUUCUAUCAUUCAUUCCCAGUUUGAAUAUUCUAUGGCAUUAUGUCAAAGGCACUUUAUAUUUUGCCAGGAAAUGAAUUACAGCAAAAUGCAUGCCAAGGUUAUGCAAUUCAUAAUAACAAUUAUGCAACAUGGACUGAAUUCUUCUUGCUAUUCAAAAGAAUUUUGUAGAUGUAUGAAAGUGGAUUUGUUUUAUUACCAAAUAUUAUUUAUUCAACAAAAUAUACUUCUGGGAAUAAAAUGAAGAUGUUAAGGGCAAAAUAUUUUUAAGAAGAAAAUUUUCAAUAUUGGUAUACCCCAAAUAAUCAAAUACAUACCCUUGUACUAAAUGUAAUUUACUUUGGAUUUGGAAUGGAGGGAAAAUAGUUUCCUAAAAUCACAAUACCUCUUAAUAAUUCUACUGCAUUUUGAAAGAUGGAAAUCAUGUUUCUACGAAGGUAAAAAUUAUUGGAUAACUCUUAGGAAUAAAAAUCUUCUCUAAUUUGUCACUUGUGGACAUCUUUAGAGGUGAGGAGAUAGCAAGACAUCAGAGAGAGAUGUUCAUGCAGACUCAGCAAAUUCUAAACGGUCUGAAAAUAGAUGGUUGUAGUGUCAGGUAUGGUUUGGGGUUUGGAAAAGUUACUUUCUGAUUUCUUCAGUUCAAACUCCUUGAUACCAUACACACACACACUCCAAUUUCCAAAUCCAAAGUCAACUACUAGUUUAGAGAGAUAAGGUAUUUUAUCACAUUUUCGAGUCCUACUUCAGAAGAAACUUUAAGUUUCUUCUUCCAUCUACCUACUUAAGAUCCUUCAAGUAUCUAAGUAUGCAUUUGAGGGAAUUUUCUGCAGUGCUAACAUAAUGCUGUACAAGUGCUGAGCUGGGAGGCUUAACUUUGACUGGAAUGAAUAAACUGUGUGAUUGUGUGCGUGAAUUUUUCUUAACAUCUUAUAUUAAGCCACCCGCACCUAACACGAAGCAAGGUAGCCUAGUGCCCCACAUCAACACUUGUUAAGUGCUAUUCAGGGUAAAACUGUCAUUCUUUUGAACAGAGGUGGAAGAGAAGAGAAAGGGGUCUGAGCUCUUUAGAGGAAAGCAGAGCAAGCAGUUCAUUCCAAUCAACAGUGUUAGCAAAUGGUUAACAUGAACAGAACUGACAUGAGUAUUGUUCCUGGUAUCCUUUAAGAGCAUUCAGACAGAUACAAAUUUAACUCAGUAUUGGUUAUUUUUUAUUUUCUGUUAAUCCAAAUAGUCAUUUCAACUUGAUUUUAAAUAGGCAUUUUAUUUUUGAAGUCUUCUGAUUUUCUCUUGCUCUAUAUUCCUAUUUAUAUUGCACAUGGUAUUUUUCCAAACUGUUUCUUGAUUCCAAAGUGUGAAUGUAGCCAAGAUAGCUAAGUUGGAGCUUAUUUAAACAACUGUUUCAAAAUUUAGUUUCCACUGCAAUCAUGGCAAACAAAAUCCAGAUACAGUCAAGUUCAGGCUCUCUUCCAAGCACUACUAACCAGCUCCUUUGAGAAUGUUUUCAAUAGUUUGGAUCUUAAUAGCCAUGGGGCUGGCAAAUGUAGAGAAGGAAGAUUCAUUCUUUGAAAUAUUUUUCCCUUUUGUUAUCUCCAACCUCUACUUAUUUAUUAAUAUCUCCUUCCUGUAUCUACAGCAUCAUUUAUUUGGUGAAUUUGCUGCUUUACUAGUAUUUUGUAACAUUAAAGAAAAUGUUUUUGAAAAUCCACAGUCCCACUAUCCUAACAGAACUACUAUAUUUCUAUUUUAGUAUUGAUAUAUCUUCCAGGCCUCCCCUACCUUACAUAUUAUAAAUGCGCUUUUUUCUUUUCUCUUUUAGUUAUAUCCUAAAUAUGUUUUCAUGUUUCUAUGCAGUGUUCCUAAUUAUCACCUAACAAUUGUGUAAUAUGCCAUUUUAGUGAAGUACCAUAAUUUAUCAUGCUGUUCCUUACUGCUAGCCAAAUAUCGAGUGUUAUAGAUGGUUUCAUUUUUUUUUUUUUUUUUCUAUUGUUGGUAACAGAGCUACACUAUUUGUCAUUUGCCCAUAGAGGUGAAAAUUUACAUUUGAAAAGCUGCCUCCUUAUAGAUGAGAGUUAGGAGGCAGAAAUGUGUAAAUGGAUCAAAUGCUCAAAUUGUUGGUUUUUUCUUCACUCAGAUAGAUGCAAGACAUAGGCUAAGAAACAAAAUGAUGCUUCUUUGAAAGGUCCCACAUCAGGACCAAAGCCAGUAUUUUUAAGAGUGAGAUGAGACACCGCCAGUAUUUUUAAAAGUAAGAUGAGACAUUUCCCCAGUUAAGAUACUACUCGUGUGUAACUCAAAAUCAGAUUACAGUGGUGUUAAUCUUCAAGAGCAUAAUGUUGAAUAAGCAAAAUGAAAAACAGAUGUAGAUGCAGACAAUAAUAAUUACUUCGUAAUAUUUCAAAAGCAUUUUCUUAAAGUAUCUCAUUAUAUAUUUUAUAAUAUAUUUAAUAUGUAUGUAUAUUGUUACCUAUUAGUGACUUUCAAAUGAACUGAAUUUCAGGAAUUCAACAGACUCUAUCCAUGAGUUUUCUAUGUUUCAGUUCCUCACUGGAAAAAUUAAACUGAAGUUGGAGAUGUGGAUAAAUGCUUGGUUCAUCCAAAUAUCUCAAUAAAGGAUUGAAUUCCA